AUGUUGUACCUGAAGCAGUUUUGCUGCGUGGUUGACUUGGAAGUCAAUAAGCUGAUCUUCAGGAGACGCAUCGAGACCGACGGCGCGAAGCAUCUCACGUGUUGGGCCCAAAUCAACGGCCAUGACGUCGAAGUCUUUCUCGACACGGGCUUCACUUCCACGAUGGACGGGACAUUGGAGGACGCGACGAAGCUCGGACUGACGCUGGAGGACGUGUCCGACCAGAACCUGUUCUAUGAAGGGAUCAGGGAGAGGUGCCUUCUGCAGUACGUGGCGUGCGACGUCCCCCUGGUUCUCUUCGGACAGGAGCACCGCGGGAACUUCUUCGUGUGUCCCUUCCAGGAGAGGCAGCCGCUCGUGGUCGGCAUCAGGUACCUGAAGGGGUCCGCGUUCAUAUUCAACGAAGACCAGACGUGGGUCGUCACGGGGCCGAGCGAGAGCGCGCCCGAAGCCCCAGGGACGUCUAGGGUGAAAGCGGCGCGGCUCUGGUGACCCAGGUCAAGGCCCGAAGGCGGCUCUGGUGACCCAGGUCAAAGCCCGAAGGCGGCUCUGGUGACCCAGGUCAAAGCCCGAAGGCGGCUCUGGUG